CCUUGAGGACGACGUGUGUGAUUCAUACGGUGUACAGUAGAUGGCGAUAAUGGGCAACAUGUGUGAACGAAAUAAAAGGGAAGAAGAGGAAGCAGCCCUGUUCAAAUCAUGGCGCAGGAAUCUCCACUGAAAGAUGUCAAUGCAUGUAGGCUGUGUGAUCAGAGUUUCAAUCCAUCCAGAUGUAAUAAAUACAGACCGUUUCACGGAAAUAAGCUUGCGAGCAAAGCGGAUUAUACGGUUGUUCUGGAGGAAUUUGUUGGCAAACUUCAGGACACGACUCUGGCCAUCUGCGCGGCUCAUGUAAAACUCUGUUAUUGAGGUACGGGCGCGUGUCCAAAGACGCAGAACGAAUUAAAAUACUCAUUCAGGAUAUGAGGGAGAAGACCAGAGAGAAGUGGUUUGCAAACCAAGACUGGAAGUGAAGAGACGACGAGAACUGAUGGACACAACAGAUGAUGACAACAACAACACUGCAUCCACCUGAUUUGCAUUUCACUGACACAAAGGAUAAACUAAGAAUAUUUGAGGAGUUUCAACAGACUUUGCAUCAAAACAUAAGAUACUAUCAGAGCCAUAGAGGAGGAGAUAAAAGCUGAAGAUGCUAUGAAGUAUGAAGCAUGCUUUUUUACUUACAGAACUAUGAUGCAGCUAUGAAAAGAGUUUCCCAGUGUAGACCGCCGGAUCCAGAGAACAUUUCUGGAGUUCUGAUCAAUGUGUCAAAAUACCUGAGCAACCUGAAGUUUACUGUGUUACAGAAGAUGCAGAAAACUGUUGAAUACACUCCUGUGACCUUUGACCCCAACACUGCUCACUGUAACCUCAUCCUGUCUGAUGAUCUGACCAGUGUGAGAUACAGCGACGAGGAACAGACGCUUCCUGAUAAUCCAGAGAGGUUCGACAUGUUUGCGUGUGUUCUUGGCUCAGAGGGCUUUGACUCCGGGUCUCACUGCUGGGAUGUUGAGGUCGGAGACAGUACAGGCUGGUUCCUCGGAGUGAUGAAUGAAUCCGCUCAGGGGAGGAAUAAAAUAUUCUCAAGCAGUGGAAUCUGGCUGGUGGGGCAUUUCUGUGGUGAAUAUAAAGCACAUGUACCACCUCAAUCACCAACUCUCCUCCCGGUGAAAGAGAAACUGCAGAGGAUCAGAGUUCAUCUGGACUGGGACAGUGGAAAGCUGUCAUUCUCUGACCCUCUUACCGACACACACAUACACUCUUUCACACACACAUUUACUGAAAGAUUAUUUCCAUGUUUUGGUGUUGAUUGAAACAUUUCAUCCUUUGGUUAUAUUGCCAGUAAAUUUGCUAAAAUCUU